UGUUGCGAUAAAGCAACGAUUACAACAUACGUAUGGACAGUCUGGAAGAAAGAUGUAGCUUCUCUGCAACUGGAAGUGAUAUUUUUCGGCGCUACUUCAAACGAUACGUCUUCACAAAGUGCCCCUUCCUUAAUAAUGAUGCUGAAUUAGGUGUAUUCACAGGAGGUGGCACUAUAUGUGUUUCCGGUCCGUGCUCCAGUGGCAAGACUUUGGUAUGUAUGCAUGCCCUGGCGGAUAUUAUAUCUGAUUGCGGUAUGUGCGAGAGAGUGAUAUAUGUGGAUAUUGACCUGUCAUUCGACCUAGCACUUUUCAAGAAUAUAUUCCGUAACCAGUAUUGCACACUCGAACGCAGUAAGGAGGCGCAGCUAAAUGAUGCCCUUAAUCGCCUUUAUUAUAUACCGGUAUACAAUAUGCGUGAUCUGCCGCCAAUACUGAUGGCAUUGGAUUCCUAUAUUAGUGUCCAUUUUACCCAAAUAAUGAUACUAGAUUCGCUGCCAUUGAAGCAAGGUAGUAGAUGGAACCCUGUAUUCGACUCAGUCAUAAAAGGUAUACGAUACCUCCACAAUAGAUAUAGACUGCUAUUGCUGUAUACCAAAAUAGAGAAUAAAGGGAGGACAGCGGCAUUUACAAUGAAGCGACCUAUUACACCGGAAAUGUCCAUGGGUAUGAACAGAAAUGCUCCAAAUAAUCAAGAGGAGUUCAACAAGGUACUGCAUUUUGCUAUUCCGUUAUAUUGGUUGAUGCCAGCUCCAUCCAUAGAAGAGGCUAUCUACGCUUUUCAUCCAACAUUUGCCUAUAAUGAGCCAAAGGAAGGUACAAAUUCCUCAGGUGAGCGUACAUAUUACCAUCGUCAUAAUCAACAAACUGUACUGGAGCCUACCAGUCACGAUGUAACGUUAUUUCUGAUACCCUCACGGACAAAAUUCUUUGAAAGAUACGAGUACUUAGGGUGCAUUUAUAAUGUCAGCAUGGCACCAAAUAGUCUACCGCCGGUAUCUACGGAAUGUACAAAGAAAGCUACAUGCAUACCAGUAUCGAAGAUUACUGACAUUACAAGUCAAGAUGACGAAGCGCCGAAAUGGAAAUUGAAACAACAACUUCUACAAUCAAGUGGUCCGCCAGAUAUCGGUACUGAUGAAAUGGAUAUCGAUACCAACUUGGUUGUCAAAGAACAGAACAAUGAGGCAAUGUACCCAAAAGCCAAACAACAGACACGUACUGUAAUGAACACAGCCAACCCUACUAUUAACCUCGAGAUACUGCAAAAAUUGCGCUUUCGAAGGUUCCGGAUAUCCAAGGAUGCAAUGCUAUAUUUUUAAUUACCUUGUCUACAUGACGCCGCUCGAAAGUACAGCCACCCAAAAAACAAAAAG